AUGUUUAACGCAGGCGUUCGGCGGAGCACGCCGCUCUGGAGCUUGCUGCAAGCAAACAGGACCGGGAAACUGCAGGCUCUGCUCGAGAAGCUGCGCAACGAUCAGCAAGACAUGGAGCGCUCUGCCUCCGACCUGCAGAACCUGAAGGUGAAGUUCAAAGCUGCCAUGCUUACAGCGCACCGAACAGGGGAGUUGCACAAGGUGGCCGGUGAUCUGGCGCAGGAGGUGGAACGUCAGGCAGACGAUUUCCAACGACUGAAAGAGCGAGCGCUUGAGAGCCUGCUUCGCAUGAAGAGGGCCGGCAAGCUGGAAGACCUCGCAGAGGAGAUUCGGUGUUCGUCCACAUCCCACUGCGUGACUCUCCCAGCUGAGGAGGGCCGCUCCUCGCUCUCUGCGAAGCAGCGGGCGCUCCAGAGCCUGCUGGAGAUGAAGCGCUCGGGGGAGCUGCAGUUCCUGGCCGAGGAGAUGGAGUCCGCACAGCGGAAGUUCGAAGCCAAAGCGGCCCAGUUUCGGGAGAUCUCUGCACGGAUGCGGCGUGGCGUGGUCAAUGCCAUGCGCUCCGGGGAGCUGGAGCGACUGGUUGGUGAGAUGACGGAGGUCUUGGAGACACAGGCAGAGAGCAUCCGAACUCGAGUUCGCAAAGGACUGCUGCGGGCGCAUCGCCGAGGCGAGCUGGAGGAUCUGCGCCAG